AUGAGCUGGGACUACUAUGUGAAUCACUACUCGGACCUUGACCGCCAGAAGAAGGACUCCAAGAUGACGUGGCGCACACCUUCCGGAGAGCUUUUUGUAGGACCAAACGGUGCUAGUGGAACCGGUGAUCCGCCUGCUGGGAGCGAGCCUUUGGGUAUACUGUAUCCGCGAGCUGGAACGCUUGGUGGGUGCAGCGCUCACAACGCGCUAAUCACCGUGUAUCCGCAUGAGAGUGAUUGGGAUGGUAUUGCUUCAUUGACAGGUGAUACGUCGUGGGCCGCAGACAAGAUGCGAAAGUAUUUCGUCAAACUAGAGCACAGCAAGUAUCUGCCGAAUGGUAUCGUUGGCCAUGGUUUCGACGGGUGGCUGACGACCAUGGUGACCGAUCUUACACUUGUCGUGCAGGACUUCAAGCUGCUGUCACUCAUCGUCGCUGCCGGAACUGCAAUGGGCAAGGGCAUUCUAUGGAGUAUUAUAACUACCGUGACCGGUCUCGGCCAAGUCCUUCUGAGCGACCUGAAUGUUGACUCGCCCACACGAGACGCGACCGAGGGCAUUUAUCAAGUCCCUUUGACCAUGGACGACCGCCAUCGUGUCGGUUCUCGCGAGUUUGUCCUCGACACCGCAAACGCAAAGAAUGCGGACGGAAGCAGGAAGUAUCAUCUUGACAUUCUGUUGAACACCCUCGCGACUAAAGUACGCUUCGAAAAUACGUCCGCGUCCCCAAAAGCCAUUGGCAUCGACUUCCUCACAGGCCAAAGUCUCUACCAAGCCGACCCGCGCUACUCUAGUUCCACGAGCGGCACAAUGGGCACUGUCAACGCCUCUCGUGAGGUCAUCCUCGCCGCGGGCUCAUUCAACACACCUCAGCUACUCAAACUAUCCGGCAUCGGGCCUGCGACUGAACUCCAGCAGCACAAUAUUCCUGUCAUCGUGGACUCCCCUGGAGUAGGCACCAAUCUGCAAGACCGAUACGAAGCAGUCAUAGGCGGCAAAGCAGACUCCGACUUCGCGCUCACAAAGGACUGCACAUUCCUCCACGGCUCUCCAGAUCCAUGCUACGACCAGUGGAAGAACAACGCCGUCUUCAAAGGCGUCUACGGCUCUAACGGGAUCGCCAUCGGCAUCGUCAAAAAGUCUUCCGUCGCGGAGAAAGAUCCCGAUCUCUUCAUCGCGGGGGCACCUGCGUACUUCACUGGGUAUUUCCCGGGGUAUUCGAACUUCUCGCUCGCGGAUAAGAGGCAUUGGGUGUGGAUCACGCUGAAAGCACACUCGCGCAACACGGCUGGGACUGUGACGCUGAAGUCUGAUGAUCCACAAGAUACGCCGCUCAUCAAUUUCAAUAGCUUUGACGCUGGUACUACGACUGAUGGGGCCGAUGAAAAGGACCUACAAGCACUGUAUGAAGGCAUGCAGUUCAGCCGGAAGAUUUUCGACUCGCUCAUCCCUGUGGACGGAGACUUUGAAGAAGUAUGGCCAGGCCGCCAGACGAGCAGUGAAGCGGCGGUGAAAGAGUUCGCGAAGAACGAAGCAUGGGGCCAUCACGCGUGCUGCACCGCGAAGAUUGGUGCGGACGGGGAUGAGACCGCGGUCCUGGAUUCGAAGUUCAGGGUCAGGGGAGUGCAAGGGUUGCGCGUGGUAGACGCCAGCGUGUUUCCGAAGAUUCCUGGGUUUUACAUUGCCGUUCCUGUGUACAUGGUUUCUGAGAAGGCUGCAGAAGUCAUACUGGAGGAUGCGAAAUAG